AUGUAUAGACUGAUGAAUGAAGUAACAAACGAAAACAGUAAUAGCAGAUCAUCAUCUGAUAAUCAAUCUAUUAGUGGUGAUGAAUAUUCAGUUGAAAAACAUAAUACAAAUCGAAUUCGAUCUAGUAUGAAAUCUUCUACUGAAGGAACACUUGGUGGAAAAUCAAUACCACAAAAUAAUAAUAAUACAUCAAAUACAAAACAAAGUUCAUCAACUUCACCCUAUGAUAGACGACCUUUUCCAUUUGGACAAUGUCGAGUUUGUACAGAUAAAGCAACUGGUGCUCAUUAUGGUGUGCCAACAUGUGAAGGAUGUAAAGGAUUUUUUAAACGAAGUAUACUACGCAAAGAAAAAUAUCGAUGUUAUUUUGGUGAUGGAUGUGUGAUAAAUACUGAUAAUCGUAAUCGCUGUAAAUCAUGUCGUUUUCAAAAAUGUCUAAAAGAAGGAAUGUCAGUUGAAGGUGUACGAAUGGGUCGUAUUCCAAAAUUAGUUAAAGAAAAAGCUUUAGCUGAACAUCGUUUAUCAUCAUCUAGUAUUGAAAAUGAAGAUCCAAGUUCACCAAUUAAUUUUGAUAUAAAUUCUUUGGGAUUCGCUGAUUUUGAUCUUAAAUUAAUUGAUGAACAAGUACUCUUAGAUGAAUUUGAAUCAAUAUCAUUUGAUAAAUUUCCAUCAACAACAUUCUCAUCAUCGAAUAAUUUUCUUAAAGAUGAUAUGAAACAUCAAUAUGGAACAAAUCAAUCGAAAUUAAAUCGUUCAAAUCAAAAAAAUUGUACAGUUAAUGAUGAGGAGCAAUUUUCUAAUAAUGUUCUUGCUCGUAUUAAAAGUCUUGUAACAAAAUUAUCUCAACCAAUAACAUCUAUAGAACUUGGUGAAGAAAAUUCAUCUUUUAUUCAAUAUUUACGAUCGAAAAUGAUUGAUUUAAGUAAUACACAUAAUGGAUGUACCAAACAAUUAAUUGAAAGAAUGAAUAGCAUGCUUAAUAGCGGAACUAAAGAUUUUCCCGGUGAUUGGUCAUCUAUUCAAGAUAUCCGAGCUGGAUUAUCAGAUGCUAUACCAUUCCAUGUCAAGAAUCUCAUUACAUUUUCCCGUGAGAUGCCAGCUAUAAAUGAAAUUGAUUCUGAUGAUUUUCAUAAAAUGAUGAACAAUCGUUUAUUUGAUUUUUGGAUGAUAAAACAUGCACCAUUAUUACAAAAUAAUGAAUCUUAUAUUAUGUUACCUAAUGGUUUACAAUAUACUCGUAAAUGGAUGAAUAAAAUAAUUGGUGAAGACAUGGUUGAAAUCAUGUUUGAAUUUGCACAAAAAUUUAAUGCAUUAAAAUUAACACAAGAAGAAUAUGCAUUAAUAUUUCCCGUUGUUAUUUGUAUGAAAGAUGAAACACUUUAUGAUCAAGAAACAAUACGCCAUAUUUUAUAUUGUUAUUUAUAUACAUUAUAUACGCAAAUGUUAACAACACGUUCGCAAAGUGGAGCACGAACAGUAUUUCGUAGUUUAUUACAGAUUUUAACUCUUUUACCAAUAUUAAAUGAUUUACAAGAGAAAAAAAUCGAUUCACUAACUCCAGAAAUUAUGGAUUCGGAACUAUAA